AUGUUUUCUAAUUUUAAGAAAAAUAGACUAAAGCCAGAAGCUUUACCUACAUGGUUGAUGCCAUGGGAGUUGAUCGUGUGGAUUGAACCAAAGAAUAAUUAUGACCCUGAAUGUAGUACUUCAGAUUUUGUGCCAUUAUCAUGUUCAACACCUGGUUUCUCUUCUCGUUUAUCGAUAAACUUACAAAGUUUUUCUGAUGCAUCAACAUCAAUGGAUAUUGAAACAAGUGUUAUUGGUAUACAUACACCGAGUUAUUUAUCAUCCAAAACUCCUCGAAAAGUUGCUCUUCAGGAAAUAUUAAAGGAAAGUGAACGGGUUCAGGCCGAGUUGAAACAAAUUAUUAUAAAUUUGAAUCGGCAAAUAGCAAAUGAACCUAACAAUAAAUUGGAUUAUUGCUUGGAAACAUGUAAAGAAUACUUGUCACCUACCCUCUUUGAUUGUCAAAUCGCAAAUCAAGAAUAA